AUGCUCAGCUCACUUAUGUCUUCCACCGGCGGAGGCAAGGCUGGAGCUCAUCAACGUGACUCCAGCCUCCAACAUUGUGAUCCCGUUUUCUCUUCUUUCCCUGUGCGGCAGCUUCUCAUCCGCUGCGCAGAUCUUGUCCACCACGGCGACCUCCCCGCUGCAGGCCGUGCCAUCUCCUCCCUCCUCUCCGUGGCCAACACUGGCUCUGACGACGCCACCGACCGCCUCGUACGCCAAUUCUGCAGAGCGCUCUCCUUCUGCAUCGCCGGACGUCCAGGCUGUUGCCCCCCGUCCUCCUCUGCCUACUUCCUCUUCAACCAUAUCGCCCCCUUCCUCCGCUUCGCCCACCUGACUGCGAACCAGGCCAUCCUCGAGGCCGCGGCUGGUUGUCGCCAAGUCCACAUCCUCGACCUCGACGCUCACCACGGCCUGCAGUGGCCGCCUCUCCUCCAGGCCAUCUCGGCAGCCGGAGAUAUUCAUCGUCCCCCUUCAAUCAGGAUCACUGGCGCGGGGAGCGACUUCGAGACUCUCUGCCGCACCGGCCAUCGCCUGAGCGCCUUCGCGCAUUCUUGCAACUUGGACUUCGAUUUCCGACCUCUUCUCCUUCCUGACCACCGUCCCAACUAUGAUCGCAUCCUCAAUCAUCUCGUCCAUGGCGAAACCCUUCUGGUCAACUGUGUUCUCGUCCUCCACAAGCUCCAAAACGAAGAACUCCUCACUUUUCUCAGAACUCUCAAAGCAAUUAAACCGGCGGUGGUGACGGUGGCGGAGAGGGAAAUGCCGCCGCUGCCAACCCACAGCUCCCCGGACUUCAUCCAACAAUUUGCCGCCACAGUGGAGCACUACUCAGCAAUGUUCGAGUCGCUAGAGGCCACAUUUCCGGCGUGGAGCCGGGAGAGGUCGGAAGUAGAGCAAUCAUGGCUAGGGAGGGAGAUUCAAGGUGCAGUCGCCGGUGGCGAGUCACACAGGUGGUCGGAAAAGUGGGAGUUUGCAAUGCGAAGUGCCGGAUUCAAGAGCAUUCCGCCGAGCAGGUUUGCCGUGUCACAAGGAAGAAUGUUAUUGCGACUCCAUUACCCGACGGAAGGGUACAAUGUGGAGGUGGAGAAGGAGAAGGAGGAGUUCUUCUUCCUGAGGUGGAAGAACAAGCCUCUCUAUUCAGUCUCCUCAUGGAAAUAA